AUGUCUUCAAAACCAAAAUAUUUGUUAAAAAAAGUAGCAAAAGCCAAUGAUCAUUAAAACAAUAUGUUUAUGACACAGACAUUAGAUUAAGAUGAAGCUCAAUUUUACAAAGAUGGAAAGAUCUGUUCAUACUAUAUAGUUGGUAACCCAGAUCUAUUUAAAAAAAAAACUUUAAUUCUAAAAUAAUCAGAAUAAUCAAAUAUCCCUUCUAAACCUUCUUAAAGAGUUAUAUAGAAACAUCAACGCCAUAAAUAAGACUCUGAUUUCAUCUAUGAAGACAUGGAUGCAAGUGAUGUAGAAAGAGAAGUAGAAAGAGUAAUCCAGUAAUAAAAAUAACCAGAAUAAGGAGUUAAAAUGGCUCUUAACAAACCAGAUUAAAUAUAUGCUAAUAGAGAGAACAAGAUAAUGAUAGCAUUUGAGUAACAAAAACAAAAAUGGGAUUAAAGAGUUAUCUAAUCAGCAAAAGCAUGUGGUAGAGAUCCAAAAUAAUCUCUAUUCCAUCAUAUUGAUGCUGCUAGACAGCGUCAUGAAGAUCGUAAAUUAUUGGACUUAAUUUAAUCAGACUCAGAGAAAUAUGGAAAUCAUUUAUGGGUAAUUUUAUUAAAUUCUAUUCAAGGAAAUGUAACUUAGAGCAGCUCCAGGAGAAUUGAAUAAUAAAAAUGAUAAAGCUUUUUUUGAAAUUGUUAAAAAAAAUAAUGCUGAACAAGUUUAUUAAAGACCUGAAGGUUUUAAAAAAAGGUUUCAAGAAAAGUAAGAUGUUAUUGAUAAAAUAAUACCAAAUUUAUCAGUUAAAGAAUUAGAAGUUGUAGGAUAAAAUAAAUUGAUAAAAGAAUCAAUAUCGAUGCUGAAUUUAGCUAAAAAUUAAAAGAACUAAAAAUUUAACAACGAAAUACCCCUCAAUUCUAAAAGAAAAGUUAUUUUAUCAGCUCCUUUUGAAAAAAUAAAAUAAAAAGAAGAACCUUUAUUCUAUCAAUAAGUGCUUGAAAUGAAAUACAACAAAAGGGAACUACGUUAAGCAGGUCAAUUGGAUAUUUAUAAAUAAAUUUUUUGA